UCUGUUCCUUUUCUUCGGGCGGAAAGAGGCAGAGCCUCUCUCGGUGGGUCAGAGGCUGGAGGAAAGAGGAGGAGGAGGAGGAGGAGGAGAAGGGUCGCCUCCCCAAAGCGCAACUCGGGAUGGGAGACGGAGGAGCCUCGGAGGCAGCGGGUAUUUCCCUCAUUGACAAAGUACUUGGAACAUUUGACCAUACAACCUGUCGUUUGCAUCUCCACUAUAUCUGAAAGUCAAGCAGCAAAUUGGACAAAAUAUUUAAGAGAAAACCAUUCCUUCCUUUUUCUUCAAGUGGAUUGGGCCUCUGCAAUUUUACCUCGAAGAUUCAUUAAAAUUGGAGGACGGGAGCAAUCUAAAAACAUGACAGUACUUUCAAAAUCAACUACAGCCCUUCACGAUCUAAGUAAAUAAAUGAAAUGUAGCCAAUACAGAUAAAAUUAGGAUUGGGUAUUACGCUUUUCCAAUUACACAACUGCCCUGAGUCCCCUCGGGGAGAUAGGUGCAGGAUAUAAAUAAAGUUAUUAUUAUUAUUACUUUUCCAGCAUUGUAAAAUAAUUUUUAGGAGAAUCACCUUAGACUCUUAUUGUUCAUGCACAGUAUGUGUGUGACUUGAAGAGAGGCAAUGUGAUUGCUUUUUAAAAUUCAGUUCAUUGUGUAACUAGUUAAAAAUUCACAUUAUGGCAGCAACCUAUAGGCGUGUAGUAACAACAGUGAAUUGCUACAGCAGUGUUGUGAUAGAUCGUCGGCUUCAGCAUGCGGUGCAUCACUGCACUGGGGCAUGUCAUGUAUUCAAGCAAGGAGUGAUGUGCAUCGUGGCUCACCACAGUGUUUGUGCUGAGCUGAUGAAGGCCCCUGCACCCAGGACUCGGAGUCCAGAAGUGACCCACAGGCUCUCAGUGCCUGAAAAUUCCCUUGCUUUUACUGGGGAUGAAGAUUAUCACCAAAUCCUUCCUAGUAACCCAAGACUCAAAAAGGGGUCCACUGUUCAAAGCACUGGAAGUCUGAAAGAUAUCACCGGAGAAGCCAUAAACCUUGCUAGUGGAAAAAUAAAAGAGUUUUCAUUUGAAAAACUUAAAAACUCUCCCAAUCAAGUGAGCUAUAGAAAAGGAAGAAAAGUAAAGUCAGACCCAUUCAAUAGAAGAUCAUUAGAUUUUGACUUGAUCUAUGGACAUUUUGGCAAUGAUGAAAAUUCCCCCCCUCUCUUUGGCCUGUCACAUAAGUCCUCUCCUGAUGAGAAAUGGCGGGUCAGGAGCCACUCGGUAGAAGAAACUGUGAAUUCUCCAGUUGCCUCGCCUUUGCUGACUUUCUCUGAAGAUAGUUUUAUUACGCAGAUUUUGGAGAAGCACAGAUUAGAUGGUUCUUCCAGUGGGGACAUUAAGAUGUGCUUGGACAUCCUGCUGAAAUGCUCAGAGGACUUGAAGAAGUGUACUGAUAUAAUAAAGCAGUGUAUCAGGAAGAAAUCUUCAGGUAGUGGCAGUGGAGGAAAUGGUAAUGAUUCAGUGGCCAAUACUGAAGUAAUCUAUAUGAACUUAAUGACAAGGUUUUCAUCUUACCUUAAAAAAUUGCCUUUUGAAUUUAGGCAGCCUGGGCUCACUGAGGCUGGUGACAUGGUAGAAAUGAUUAACAGUUUGUCUGCCUUGCAGCAGUCUCAUUUCCCCCCAGUGUUUGGUGGUGAACAGCCACCUAGAUAUGAAGACGUAGUAUCUUCCCCAACCUCUAUGACAAGGCAGUCUCUCACUACAGAUUUACAAGAAAAUCAGAUUAGCAGAAAUGCAAAUUCAUCAGCCAAACCUACCCAACCCCCCAGUACAGAUUUGUCCUCAAAGGUUUCGUAUGUCAGCAAUCAAAAUGACAAUUUAGGAUCUAGAAAUGAUCCUUGUGUACAUUCUCAAUUAUUUGUAAAUCCACUAGAUUGCAUUUCUCCUACAGAAACUUUGUACAUUAUGGAAGAAUCAGAUAGAGAAAAUAUAUUAGGCAGUGUAACAAGUGCUAAGGGUAGAGGAAUGCAGGUGAAAUCAGCCUCCAGACCACAGAAAUCUGAAAAGGCAGACCCUGCUGAAGAUCCUAAUACGGCAUCACCUGCUGCAGCACAAACCUCCGUCCUACCAACCUCGACCAGCCUUGAACAGACCAUUCAGGUUUCAAAAGGAGAACACAGACAAAGUAAUCAAGAAGAGAUAGAUAAACUUUUGUUGGAUUUGGAACACUUUUCACAGAAAAUGGAGGCUACUCUGAAAGAGACUACUGCUAAACAGAGUGAUCCUGCCUAUUUGAAAGAUAGUAAUCUAUCCCCGACUCUGGACAAUAAAGGCAAAGCCUGUUCUCCUGCAGACAAAAGUGCUUCCGCUUCUUUAUCCAAGCUCAUAGAAACCAAUGGACAUAAAAUGGAAGACGAUGAUAAAACCCUUUUGUUACGCAUCCUUGAAAGUAUAGAAGACUUUGCCCAGGAGCUAGUUGAAUUCCGAAUGGGGAAAGGAAGCUUGUCGAAAGAGAAGGAAGUUAUGCACAUUCUUCAGGAAACAUUGGCCACUCCGUCCAUCACAGCUGUCCAGCAGAGCUACUCGGGUACAACUCCCAAGGAAGCCAUCCCAGCACUAAUUCAACAGAAGCCAGAGGUCAUCAAGGUCCAAAACAAGCAAGAGAAAAAACCUGUGACUCCAUCUCCAGUCCCUGCGAAUUCAGCUGUCAGCCCACAGUCGCUUCUACCAACCACUAAAGUAACUGUCGUUGCCCCUUUGUCCAUAAACAUUCCACGCUUCUACUUCCCCAGUGGACUCCCCAAUGUUUGCAACAAUCAUGAGGAGACCAUUGUAAAGGUUGAGGCAGCCUUUUCAGAAUUUGAAGAUGAGCGAGCCCCCCUUAAUGAAAUGGGGAAAAUUGCCAAGAUAUGCUGCUGCCCCCUAUAUUGGAAAGCACCCAUGUUCAAUGCAUCAGGAGGAGAGCGAACAGGAUUUGUAUCUGUACAUUCAUUUGUGGCCAUGUGGAGAAAGAUAUUACAUAACUGUCACGAUGAUGCAUCAAAAUUCAUUUGCCUUUUAGCCAAACCCAACUAUAACUAUCUGGAACAAGAAGAUUUCAUACCAUUACUACAGGAUAUAGUUGAAACUCACCCUGGACUGACAUUUCUGAAGGAUGCUCCCGAAUUCCAUUCCCGCUACAUUACUACUGUUAUCCAAAGAAUAUUUUACACUGUGAAUAGAUCCUGGUCUGGAAAAAUAUCUCUAACAGAAUUGAGGAAAAGUAACUUUUUGCAAACCCUAGCCCUCUUGGAGGAAGAGGAAGACAUUAAUCAAAUAACUGAUUAUUUUUCUUAUGAGCACUUCUACGUCAUAUACUGUAAAUUCUGGGAAUUGGACACCGACCAUGACCUCUACAUCAGCCAGAAGGAUUUGGCUAGAUACAAUGAUCAAGCUCUCUCAAGCAGGAUUAUAGAAAGAAUAUUCAGUGGAGCUGUACUAAGAGGACUUCAAGUACAGAAGGAGAACCAGAUGAGCUAUGCAGACUUUGUGUGGCUCCUGAUUUCUGAGGAAGACAAAAGAAGCCCAACUAGUAUUGAAUACUGGUUCCGAUGCAUGGAUUUGGAUGGGGAUGGCAUGCUGUCUAUGUAUGAACUGGAGUAUUUUUAUGAGGAACAAUGUGAGAGGAUGGAAUCCAUGGGCAUUGAGCCAUUGCCAUUCCAUGAUUUACUGUGUCAAAUACUCGAUCUAGUAAAGCCAGAUUUUGAGGGACGGGUAACUCUGCGAGACUUGAAGAGAUGCAGAAUGGCUCAUGUAUUUUAUAACACGUUCUUCAAUCUGGAAAAGUACCUGGAUAAUGAACAACGGGAUCCCUUUGCUGUGCAAAAGGAUGUUGAAAAUGAUGGUCCUGAACCCUCUGACUGGGACAGAUAUGCUGCUGAGGAAUAUGAAAUUCUUGUUGCUGAAGAGUCUGGUAAUGAACCUUUACAAGAAGGAUCCUUUGAAGAUGACUAUGAAUCAGAUGAACUGUUAUCUCUCCCUGAAAUUGGAGAAAAGUCAGACAAAUUAGUUAUUUCAGAUCUUUCACCAUAAAAAUAUUGCAGAUGGGUUGUUAAGGUCUGUCAGUAUUAAAUGGAAGAGUCUACGCUUCCUAUUUUUUUCAAAUAAGUGAUUUUCAUAUUGAAGAAGCAACCAGUUACUGAAACACAGAUUCUUAAAUAUAUAUAUAUAUCUCCUGCAAUAUGGUUACUUCCAAAAAUAUGACAUUGAUUUUGGAAAAUAUAUUUGUGCAGGCAUAUGUAGAAACUGUGUAUGUCAUGGAAGUUGCUGUCUAGCAGACCUGGACGGCACCACAUUUGUGGGGAAAAAAUGAAAAGAUAUCUCCCCCCCACACACACACACAUACGCAAACACAAAAUGUUGAAAACACAAUCUAUCUUUGCAGAUACUUUCAAAAUUGUUCAAUAAAAUAUUUGACUUCAUAUUGAAA